CCCGUCCUCUGUAUUGCCGGGAUUCCACACAGGAAGAUCACACCAUCCCCCACCAUCAUCAGGUAGAUGGAACUAAACAGCUUGAACCUAAAAUAAUUCUAAGCUAUAUGAUGACAUUCUUCUAUGUAACUUUAGGAUGGAGAAGUGAAAGACAUCAAAGUUGAGGGUAAAGAGGAAGAAGAAGAGAGGUUGGUGAGUGGAGAUCAGCAGUCUAUGGAGGAGGGGGAGAUGAUUAUGAAAAAUAAACAGAAGGAAUCUUCUUUACAUAAGGACACAACAGAUGACCAUAAUGUCCGGAAUACGUCUGAGGAAUCUUCUGAUAAAUCACAUACCAGGACUCUAAGAUCUCACAGUAGAAAUACUUUAAUAGAUCCGUCUAUUCCCGAGGAAUCUUCUUUAAACCACAAAGAAGUUCCCUCAGAAGAGAGCUCAUUGUCAUGUUCAGUGUGUGGGAAAUCUUUCUUAGAAAAGAGAGACCUUCUUAAACACCAGCGAAGUCACAGUGUUGAGCGUCCUUAUUCAUGUUCAGAGUGUGGGAAAUGUUUCAUUCAGAAAGGACACUUUAUAACACACCAGAGAAGUCACACGGGUGAGCGUCCGUAUUCAUGUUCAGAGUGCGAAAAAUGUUUUGUUCAGAAAGGAGACCUUCAUAAACAUCAGAGAAUCCACACGGGUGAACGUCCCUUUUCAUGUUCAGAGUGCGGGAAAUGUUUCACUGAGAAAAAAGUCCUCCUUACACACCAAAGAAGUCACACAGGUGAGCGUCCUUACUCGUGUUCAGAGUGCGGGAAACAUUUCAGUGUCAAAGAAAACCUUCUUCAACAUCAGAGAAUUCACACAGGUGAACGUCCCUUUUCAUGUUCAGAGUGCGGAAAAAGUUUCACUCAUAAACACGUACUUCUUACACACGAGAAAAGUCACACUGGUGAGCAUCCCUAUUCAUGUUCAGUGUGUGGGAAGUGUUUCAUUCAGAAAGGAAACUUUCUUACACACCAGAAAAGUCACACAGGCGAGCGUCCUUUUUCUUGUUCAGAGUGUGGGAAAUGUUUUGUUAAGAAAGAAAACCUUGUUAACCAUCAGAGAAUUCACACAGGUGAGCGUCCUUAUUCAUGCUCGGAGUGCGGGAAAUGUUUCAUUCAAAAAGGAAAUCUUCUUACACACCAGAGAAUUCACACCGGGGAGCGUCCUUAUUCAUGUUCAAAGUGCGGGAAAUGUUUCAUUCAGAAAAAUGCACUUGUUAAACACCAAAAGAUGCAUGCAGGUGUACGUCACUAUUCUUGUUCAGAGUGCGGGAAAUGUUUCAUUGAGAAAGGAGACCUUGUUGUCCACCAGAGAAGUCACACGGGUGAGCGUCCUUUCAUAUGUUCAGAGUGCGGGAAAUGUUUUGGUUAUAGAAAAUUCCUUAUUGCACACCAGAGAAGUCACACGAGCUAACAAACUUUUUCAUGUACAGACUGGUGUGUUGGAGGGAACCUAUUCUGAUGUUUUUUUGGAUACUCUUUGGCCUUCUGGAAUUGAAUUAUAGUGAUAUGAUCCACUAAACAUACAGAGAUGACUCGGUCCCGCACUCACACAGACCGCACCAUACAACUAAACUGUGCUAAUACAUGGCCAGAUAUGACAGUAAACGGACAACACUUCUUAUUGGUUGGUAUCAGAUUCUGUACAUGAUUGCUCUUUUUAUGUUGUAGUGAAGAAGCCGGCUUCUCAUUGGUCCAUCCAAUAAUUAAUACAUUUUAUGUGUUUUAGAUAUAUAAGGUUUGAUGUAGAUUCUAGCUUACUUUUUAUUUGUUAAUCAUGAAUUCUGAAUUUCUAAAAUAAAGAAGAAUGCUCCACAUUUUCCAAUA